GAGUCGCCCUCGCUCCUUUCUCUUAAUCUGAGGCCCGACGAUUUGGGAGUUUAGGGCAUGGGAUUCUCGUGGGUUGGAUGUAGGAACGGUGAGGAGGUCGGUCCGAUCCGGGUUGGGAGAUGGGAGCAGUGUAGGCUGUGAUCCGAGACAUGGGUCUCGCGAGCUGGACGAAAUUGGCAGGAGAAAUGGAGAUUUUGGAGUCGUACGUCCGAUGGAUUGCAUCGAUCUGCAUGUUGCGGAUUGGGUUUUUGGGAUAUUUGGGGUUUUAGAGCUCUGUUCUUGGGUAGUGAACGUUGGAAAGCCGGAAAGUUGAGAUCUUUGGUGCUGAAAGCGUGGAAGCCUUGUGUAAUAGUUGGUUAAUUCUCUGCAAUCAUCUAUAGGUUCACGAAAAUAGUUUCCUUGACUGAGUUUCGUUUGUUGUUUUUCUUUAUAGGAAAUGGCUAUGCUGGUUGAUCCUCCCAAUGGUGUGGGAAAUCAAGGAAAACACUACUUCUCAAUGUGGCAAACCUUGUUUGAGAUCGACACAAAGUAUGUUCCCAUCAAGCCCAUUGGGAGAGGAGCAUAUGGGAUUGUCUGCUCAUCAAUCAACCAUGAGACAAAUGAAAAGGUUGCUAUAAAAAAAAUUCACAAUGUCUUUGGUAACCGUGUAGAUGCGCUUAGAACUUUGCGCGAACUGAAGCUUCUUCGGCACAUUCGACAUGAAAAUGUUGUUGCUUUGAAGGAUGUUAUGAUGCCAGCCCAAAGGAGGACAUUUAGGGAUGUGUACCUUGUUUAUGAACUUAUGGAUACUGAUCUGCAUCAGAUUAUCAAAUCGUCACAAGCACUUUCCAAUGACCACUGUCAGUACUUUCUUUUUCAGUUGCUACGUGGGUUGAAGUAUAUCCACUCUGCAAACAUACUCCACAGAGACCUGAAACCUGGGAAUCUUCUUGUUAAUGCUAAUUGUGAUUUGAAGAUUUGUGAUUUUGGCCUGGCUCGUACAAGUAGUGGGAAGGGCCAGUUCAUGACUGAGUAUGUUGUUACCCGCUGGUAUCGGGCCCCUGAGCUACUUCUUUGCUGUGACUAUUAUGGUACCUCCAUAGAUGUUUGGUCAGUUGGAUGCAUCUUUGCUGAGUUGCUUGGACGAAAACCCAUCUUCCCAGGCACGGAAUGCCUUAACCAGCUGAAGCUCAUUAUCAGUGUACUUGGCACCAUGAGUGAUGCUGAUAUUGGCUUCAUUGAUAACCCAAAGGCCCGCAAAUAUAUCAAAUGCCUGCCAUACACUCCUGGCAUCCCUCUUGCCCAUCUUUACCCAAAGGCCAAUCCUUUAGCCAUUGAUUUACUUCAGAAGAUGCUUGUAUUUGAUCCAUCUAAGAGGAUUAGUGUCACUGAGGCACUGGAGCACCCUUACAUGUCAUCUCUUUAUGACCCCAGUGCCAACCCCCCGGCUGAGGUUCCUAUCGAUCUUGACAUUGAUGAAAAUCUUGGAGAAGAUAUGAUCAGGGAGAUGAUCUGGAAGGAGAUGGUUUUCUAUCAUCCAGAAGCUUCUGCUAACUGAUAAGAAUUUGUGCUUGAUCUCAGAGAAGACUCCAAGCUUUCUGAAAAUUUAUAAAGGCCUCCUAUUAUUUUGCUGCGGCUGCUCUCUUGUUAUGAGACACGCUCAACGGUGUAAAUAUUAAUGUACUGUCUGUUAGGUCUAUGCAGUUUGAUGUAGCUCAUGAUAUUAAUGCUUGUAUGACUUGACCUCGUUAGGCAUUGAGACUUUCUUGGUAGCUGUGGUUGCCAAUCUUGA